CGGAAACCACCAUCUAUACCCGUCGGAAACAAAAGUAAAAGACAUGAUUAUGCAACUACAAUAUCCAACUUGUUACGAAUUAAUUGGUACAAUGCCAUGAGAUCCAACCAAAUCUAACCGCGUCAUCACCAUCAUACUCCCACCGGAAAAUCCAACCUCUCUUUCUCUCCCUCCUUCAUUCUCCUUCACCAUCACCAUUCAUCUCUCUCUCUCUCUCUCUUCAUUUUUCACCACUUUCUCUCUCUAACUCUAACCAUGACGACGGACCCAAUCGAACCACCUUCCACGAGCACCACCACCACCAUUCGCCCACGGCGCGAGCCCUUCGAGCACGGUCUCUUACCCAUCCCCAAGCUCAUCUUCUCCGACCCAACCCAAACCCUAACCACCUUCAAACACAAGCUCCUCCAUGACUCGUCGUCCAGCCACCGAGUCGACUCGUCCGCCAUCUCCGAGUCGCUCCAGAUCCCCCUCGACCACGCUAACCUCCUCCUUGACACCCUCGCUUCCGUCCACCACUCCCCCUCCGACCCUCUGGUUCGGGCCGAGCCAGGACGAAACGACGCAGUCGGUGCUGAUGUGCACGAUCUGCUCCUGCUCCUCUACAUCCAAUCUUACAAGAAAUUGCUCCCCCGGUCACAUAAAGACGCUGCUGCCGCUGUUGCCGACGUUUGGCCUUCCACUUCGGCUUUCGACGGCUACUUGUCCGCUCUCUCCCCACUUCAGCUUGUGCGCAGCAACAGUCGGCGUUUUGUUCCAUCGCAGGCUGAUGAAGAGGCACACCAGUUAUCGUAUCUGCAAAAGCACCUUGCUAACAUUCUAUCUCUUCUAGCGGAGCAGGUGGAAGGGGAAGAAGAAGAAUCUCUGGUUUUAACUAUGGAUAGAUUUGAGCACCUUGGGUUUCUAGUUCAGUUUGGUGAUAAGGCUGAAGGAAGUUCUUUGAGUCAAUCAUCUCCUUUUUUUGCAAACUCGGAUCCUGACAUGCCUGCUGCUCCUGUUCCAGCCGCACAAGUUCAUGAUUGGCUUUUGCAGAAUUUAAAUUCUGCUUUGGAACAUAUUUCUGAAAGGACCUCUGCAAAGGAAAAUGGACCAGCCAAUGCCACUGAUCAGGAUGUUGCUAUGACUGAUGUGUCAACUGUCUCAGCUAAGGUCUCAACAAGUACUAGAGGUCCAAGUUUCAUUGAAGGGAUCUCUAAAUCAUCUUAUGUCAAACACGCAUCUGAUAUUAAAGGUUCCUCUGUUAAGGUUCUAAAUUGCCAAGAAUCUACCAUCUACGUCUUAGCGCCUUUGAGAUAUGCCACUGUCUAUGGAUGCUCAGAUGCUACAAUAGUUAUAGGAGCAGUUGGCAAGGCUGUAAGAGUAGAGCACUGUGAGCGAGUUCAUGUGAUUGUGGCUGCAAAACGUAUAUGUAUUGCCAACUGCCGUGAAUGUAUUUUCUUUUUGGGGGUGAAUCAGCAACCUCUUAUUGUUGGUGAUAACCAUAAACUUCAGGUAGCACCAUAUAAUACAUUUUACCCCCAGUUGGAGGAGCACAUAAAUGAAGUUGGAAUUCAGCCCGCAGUGAACAGAUGGGAUGAACUUCUGGCAUUGGGGAUGCUUGAUCCUCAUGAUUCAUUAUCUCAUUCAGCAGGUGUUUCUGAUGUUCAAGCUGAGUCUGCUACGCAGCUGGACCCUGAUCAGUUCACGAAUUUUGUGAUUCCAGACUGGAUUGCUGGAGAUUCCACCGUAACUGCCAAAAACAACCCAUUUACAUUACCAGAUGUGUAUGUGGCUUCACAGCAUAGAAAUCAAAAAAACUUAGGGGAGAUAAGGAAAUUAUUACAAGAAGCUUCUUUAGAAGAGAGCCGUAAACGAGAAUUCUCAUCUGCGCUUCAUGUGUACUUCAAGGACUGGUUAUAUGCUUCUGGGAACAUUCGUCAACUGUAUUGUCUACAAGGUGAUUAAUCUCUCGCCGACGAUAGUAUGGCGUUGUUAAUGACAGUAAAGGGCUUAGGUUUCUGAUUUCUUUUCGACACUUCAACUCGGCUUGCCAAAUCUAUUGGCUCCGCAAGGAGAUGGGAUCAGCUGACGUGAAUCAUGAUCCCCACCUAUUUAUGCGGCUACAUCACUGCACAGAAUGGAAUGAAAAUUUCAUCCGUAAUCUGAUUGUAAUUUUUUUUUGUGAAAUAAUUACUGUAAUAUUUUUUAGUCUAAAUUAAUGGCCUUUUUGUUAUAGAAGAAAAAUUCACUGUCCCAAGUUUUUUUUUUUGGUCGAAACUGUCCCAAGUUGUCCACUGCUUGAUUGAUUUAUUUAUUGGGUUUUCACUUUAAACAA